AUGGCAUCAAGGAUUUUAACAAGUGUCGGUGUUUCGGCUUCGCGCUUGUUGUGUAAUCCCAAAACUUGGAAAGAUGUCGUUACUCGAACAUGGUCUGCUUCAUCAGUUCAAUAUCGAUAUUUCUGCGGUAAAUUAUUUAUUCGAGAAUUAAACCAGUGUUUUCAGGCGUCACCUCCUCCCACGUCUGUAAAGCCUACAGUGAAAGGUUCAAAAGGACGAAUUGUCGCAGUAAUUGGUGCUGUGGUAGAUGUGCAGUUUGAUGAAGGAUUGCCUCCAAUUCUUAAUGGACUUGAAGUCUCUGGCAGGAAACCGCGUCUUAUUUUAGAAGUGUCGCAGCAUCUCGGUGACAAUGUAGUGCGAACAAUUGCUAUGGAUGGCACUGAAGGACUUGUUCGAGGCGAUGAAGUGGUUGACACCGGUGAUCCUAUUAAAAUCCCAGUAGGACCAGAAACUCUGGGUCGGAUUAUGAACGUUAUUGGAGAGCCUAUUGAUGAACGAGGUCCUAUUAAUGCAAAGCAUUUUUCUCCGAUCCAUGCUGAAGCACCAAAAUUUGUUGACAUGAGCGUGGAGCAGGAAAUCCUUGUAACUGGAAUCAAAGUGGUCGAUUUGUUAGCACCAUAUGCAAAGGGUGGUAAAAUUGGAUUAUUUGGUGGAGCUGGAGUUGGUAAAACGGUUUUGAUUAUGGAGUUGAUUAAUAAUGUCGCUAAAGCGCAUGGGGGUUAUUCAGUAUUUGCUGGUGUGGGUGAACGUACUCGAGAAGGUAACGACUUAUAUCAUGAGAUGAUUGAAGGUGGUGUUAUCGAUUUGAAAGGAAAAAACUCAAAAGUGUCUCUGGUUUAUGGCCAAAUGAAUGAACCACCAGGAGCACGAGCGCGGGUUUGUUUGACUGGUUUGACGGUUGCUGAAUAUUUCCGUGAUCAAGAAGGUCAAGAUGUGUUACUCUUCAUUGACAAUAUUUUUCGAUUUACGCAAGCUGGUUCAGAGGUAUCAGCGUUGCUUGGUCGCAUCCCAUCUGCUGUAGGUUACCAACCUACUUUGGCUACAGACAUGGGUGGCAUGCAGGAGCGAAUUACUACUACUAAAAAGGGCUCAAUUACAUCUGUACAAGCCAUCUAUGUGCCUGCUGAUGAUCUCACAGACCCUGCGCCAGCAACUACAUUUGCUCACUUGGACGCUACAACUGUACUUUCCCGAGGUAUAGCAGAACUGGCUAUUUAUCCAGCAGUAGACCCCCUUGAUUCAACAUCCCGAAUCAUGGACCCUAAUAUUGUGGGUCAGAAGCAUUACGAUAUUGCUCGCGGUGUUCAAAAAAUAUUGCAAGAUUACAAAUCGUUACAAGAUAUCAUUGCUAUCCUUGGUAUGGAUGAAUUAUCGGAAGAAGAUAAAUUAAUAGUAUCUAGAGCGCGUAAAAUCCAAAGGUUUUUGUCUCAGCCAUUCCAGGUUGCUGAAGUUUUCACUGGUCAUGCAGGGAAGUUUGUAACACUUGAAGAGACUAUCAGAGGCUUUGAGCUUAUUUUAAAAGCUAAAGAUCCUGAUAUGGAAGCUGAGAAUAAUCAUGUGAUUUCAGGUGAAAUGGAUCAUUUGCCAGAAGUAGCAUUUUACAUGCAGGGUGGAAUAAAUGAUGUAGUCGCAAAAGCUGAAGAAUUGGCCAAAAAGAAUACAUAA